UGGGUAUUUUUAAUUCUAGGUGGCAAAGCUCUCUGUCUCCUCUAAAAGGCCUCUCUCUUUCUUUCUCUCUCUAAACUCUGAACCUACAGCUUCUUCCGUUUCUUGCUUUUGAGCUUCCUUUUUUAUGCCAGUCUGGAGAUUCUUGAUUGACCAUUCACCUCUCUCUCCCUCCCUCUCCCUCCCCCUCUUCUCUAUUAUCUGUCUUGUUCUCUUGAACACCUAAAUCUCCUCCUUUGGGAGACCCAUCUCUACACUUCUUAUGUUUCUAGUUCUUUGCUUCAUGGCUAUUUUAAUGCAGAUUCUUGGUGUUUCUUGAUCCCCAUUUUCGAUUUCUUGUCAUUUUUUUAACUUACCAUUAAAAAUAAAAAAACAAAAGCUGACCAUUGAAAAUCACUCUCUCGCUCUUUGGAGUUCUGUGAUUCAUUGGAAAGAUUGAAGAAAUCAAAAUGUUUGACGGAUUAUUGAAGUCGAAAUUUUAUACAAAAUGCAAGUCGCAGAUGAAGAUGACAAAGGCUCGACUCGAGAUGCUAAAGAAGAAGAAGAGCUCGGUGGCAAAGUUCUUAAAGGAUGAUAUGGCUGAUCUUCUCAGGAGUGGCCUUGAUUACAAUGCUUAUUGCAGGGCUGAAGGGCUUCUGGUUGAGCAAAAGAUGUUAGCUUGCUUCAAUUUCGUUGAGCAGUUCUGUGGAUGCAUCUCCAGCAAUCUUUCUGCCAUGAAUAAACAGAGGGAAUGCCCUGAGGAAUGCAGAGAAGCUGUACAAUCUCUAAUAUAUGCUGCAGCAAGAAUUGCCGAAUUCCCAGAACUGAGAGAUCUUCGUACCCUAUUAACGGAAAGAUAUGGUAGUCACCUUGAAUCUUUUAUAAAUAAACAGUUUGUUGAGACAUUGACGCCAACGCCUACCACAAAGGAGAUGAAGCUUCUGUUAAUGCAUGAAAUAGCAGAAGAAUUCAAUAUAGAAUGGAAUUCAAAGUCUUUGGAACAGAAAAUCUUCAAACCGCCUCAGGAGGACCAGAAUAUUCAUUGUCCCAAAAGCAAUGAUGACAUUGUCCCGAAAGGAGACUGCCAGGACGAUGAUGAAAAUGGAAACAAACGGAAGAAAAACAAGGAAGAUUUGACAAAAAGAACAAACCAUGAAACCGAACUUGCAUCUCAUAGAAGGAAGAAUGCCAUCGAUAAGGGAUACAAUCUGCCUUGCAGCGGUGAAGAUGAGGUGUUUUCUCUCCACAGGAGAGAUAGCAGUGAUCUCGAUAGCCUGCAAGCUACUUCAAGUUCAGCAGGAAGUGUUUCAGAGGAUGAAGUGGAUAGCAAGAAGCCCUUCUACAGAUUCGUUAAUCCCCCUUACGUCAAACCAAAAGUGGAAAAAGAAGAAAGCAAGAUUGAAGAACCCCCAAAACUAACUGGCAAUGUUCUUGCUGAAGAUGAUUUGGUUAGUGAAGCUAACCCAAAAACAAGAUCGGUCCGAAGGAGACCAUUGAAGCCACCUCCAGGUCAUGAAGAUGUUGGCAUUGUUGAAAGACCAUUGAAGGCACCAACUGGCCUUGAAAAAUUUGUCAGUCCUGGAAAUGGUGGGCUUGCAAAGGCUAAUUCAAGUGCAGUACUGAAAGAAGAUGGGGCUAAGAGGGGUUCAAGAAUCUCGCAAGCAGAUGAGGUUGAUCAAAAGGAUGAAGAGGAAGAGAUGAUUGACGGACUUCUGAUGCAUUACAGCAAGGAUUCAGUGAAACCAUAUCUAAAACCUCCUCCAAAUAUCAGAGGCACAAAAUCUGAGUCACCUCUUCCGCCUGGUGGAGAAGUAUACCAAGCAGCAGCAGCAAGUCCAAAGAAGGCUGCUAAAAGGCAUAAUCGAGUAGUUUCAUUGCAGCCAGAGACUGGACAUGUGCACCCUAACCUGCCUGAUUACGAAGAUUUGGCAGCUUGGUUUGCAGCUCUUAAGAGCAGAUAAUAGAAAAUGGGAUUAUGAUCGUCAGCGCCUAAUACUUAUAAUCUAAUUUUUCAGUUUGUAAGCAUUUAAAAGUUUAAUUAGUUAAUUGUUUAGUUAUAAUACUUAUAAGUGAACGAGAAAUAACAUUUUAAGUAAAAAUAUCUUAUAAAUAUAAUUAUUAUUAAAAUAUC